GCUCAACCGGUGAGGAUUCUACUAUCUGAGGAGGUGUUUGCCCAAGCCCUGAGCUAGAGAGUUCACUUUGUGAUUGUUCUGGGCUGUUUGGGUGGACAGCAAUUAGGGAUAUUGUCCUCUCUGGGUCUGUUCAGAAAGACUGAAGAGAGGAGCUGGAAUUCCUCCUUCAAUAGGGAGUUCUCUUAGAAGUACAGGUUUCCCUCUGCUGGUUUAUUCCUACAGAAGCUACCAAAGCCAAUCACCGACCAGCUGUCUGAAUCUCUGUGUCUCUAAGUGCACCUCUCUUGGGACCACAGUUACUCGAAACAGGGAACUUAAAGACAUUUCAGAAGACUAGAAGAAUGCUGCGGGGCCGGUCCCUUUCCGUGACGUCGCUGAGUGGGCUUCCACAGAGGAAAGUUGAAGACCUUCCUGUGGAGGACUUGCUGCUCUUUGAAGUUGCUUGGGAAGCAACCAAUAAAGUUGGUGGCAUCUAUACGGUGAUUCAGACAAAGGCCAAAACAACAGCAGAUGAAUGGGGAGACAAUUAUUUUCUCAUAGGUCCAUACUUUGAGCAUAAUAUGAAGACUCAGGUGGAACAGUGCGAACCUGUGAAUGAUGCUGUUAGAAGAGCAGUGGACGCAAUGAAUAAGCAUGGCUGCCAGGUGCAUUUUGGAAGAUGGCUGAUUGAAGGCAAUCCUUACGUGGUGCUCUUUGACAUAGGCUAUUCAGCUUGGAAUUUGGACAGGUGGAAAGGAGACCUCUGGGAAGCAUGCAGUGUUGGCAUCCCUUAUCAUGACCAAGAAGUCAAUGAUAUGCUGAUAUUUGGAUCUUUAACGGCCUGGUUCUUAAAAGAGGUGACAGAUCAUGCAGAUGGUAAACACGUCAUUGCCCAAUUCCAUGAAUGGCAGGCUGGAAUUGGAUUGAUCCUUUCUCGAGCCCGGAAACUUCCUAUUGCCACAAUAUUUACCACCCACGCUACACUGCUUGGGAGGUAUCUCUGUGCAGCAAAUAUUGAUUUCUACAACCAUCUUGAUAAGUUUAACAUAGACAAAGAGGCUGGGGAAAGGCAGAUUUACCACCGGUACUGCAUGGAAAGAGCCUCUGUUCAUUGUGCUCAUGUGUUCACCACAGUUUCUGAAAUAACAGCAAUAGAGGCAGAACAUAUGCUGAAGAGAAAACCUGAUGUCAUUACUCCAAAUGGCUUGAAUGUUAAGAAAUUUUCAGCAGUGCACGAGUUUCAAAAUCUACAUGCCAUGAACAAGGCUAAGAUCCAAGAUUUUGUUCGAGGUCAUUUCUAUGGUCAUCUGGACUUUAAUCUUGAAAAGACUUUGUUCCUUUUCAUUGCCGGGAGGUAUGAGUUUUCAAACAAAGGAGCAGACAUCUUCCUAGAAUCCUUAUCCAGGCUAAAUUUCCUGCUGAGGAUGCAUAAAACUGAUGUCACAGUGGUGGUGUUUUUCAUUAUGCCAGCCAAGACAAAUAAUUUCAAUGUGGAAACCCUGAAAGGACAGGCCGUGCGAAAACAGCUGUGGGACAUUGCACAUUCUGUGAAGGAAAAGUUCGGAAAGAAACUCUAUGAUGCGUUAUUAAGAGGAGAAAUGCCUGACAUGAACAAUAUUCUGGAUCGAGAUGAUCUAACAAUUAUGAAAAGAGCCAUCUUUUCAACUCAGCGACAGUCUUUGCCUCCAGUGACAACUCACAACAUGAUUGAUGACUCCACUGAUCCCAUCCUCAGCACCAUUAGGCGAAUUGGACUUUUCAACAGCCGCACGGACAGAGUCAAGACUUCAAUUCAAGGGGACAAGGUGAUUUUGCACCCAGAGUUCCUGUCUUCCACCAGCCCCUUAUUACCCAUGGAUUAUGAAGAGUUUGUCCGAGGCUGUCAUCUUGGAGUAUUUCCCUCAUACUAUGAACCCUGGGGUUAUACUCCAGCUGAAUGCACUGUGAUGGGGAUCCCCAGUGUGACAACUAACCUCUCUGGCUUCGGCUGUUUUAUGCAGGAGCACGUGGCUGAUCCUGCUGCAUAUGGUAUUUACGUUGUUGACAGGCGGUUCCGCUCUCCAGAAGAUUCUUGCAACCAGCUGACUCAGUUUCUCUAUGCAUUUUGCAAACAGUCACGCCGCCAAAGAAUUAUCCAGAGGAACCGAACUGAGAGGCUCUCAGAUCUUCUGGAUUGGAGAUACUUAGGCAGAUAUUACCAGCAUGCCAGGCACCUGACAUUAAGCAGAGCUUUUCCAGAUCAAUUCCAAGUGGAACCCAUGUCACCACCAACGACAGAAGGAUUUAAAUAUCCAAGACCUUCGUCAGUACCACCUUCUCCUUCAGGGUCUCAGGCAUCCAGUCCUCAGAGCAGUGAUGUGGAUGAUGAAGACGAGGAUGAGCGCUAUGAUGAGGAAGAGGAGGCCGAAAGAGACCGGUUAAAUAUCAAGUCACCACUUUCUCUGGGUCAUGUUCCUCAUGGGAAGAAAAAGUUGCAUGGUGAAUACAAAAACUGAAUUCCUCACUUACUGAACAGAGCUAGUUUAGUAGGGACAGAAUUAGAAUGAUUAAAGGAGUGUCAAUGCCGAAAUUUUCGUUUUCUUAUUCUAAGUAUUGCAAUGGAUGAGUUGGGCCUAAAAAGUGGAAGCAAUUAAGUGAAUGUCAUUUUGGUAAAUCUUAAAAUAAAAUCCAAGUUAGUUUCCCCAACUCCUCUUUCCUCGGGAAAUUUAGGCUUGAGAGUUUUAAUUAAAGGAGGGAAGACUGGAAGUAUUUUUAAAAUGGCUAGUUUAAGCAGUAAGAACUUGUCUUUUACUAUUUUUUACUUUUAAAUUGUCAUCAUUGCCUAGUAUUUAUAUAGCUUCUGUACCCUGCCAAACAAGUCUCCCUUUUCUCCCUAUGGAUCCUGAUCUUAACCAAGAUUGUGCACUGCGUACUUUUUAAAAGUAACUAGGUCUUUAUGAUUAUUUGCUGUGCCCAUGAGUCGGAAUCAGAAAUUUGUAUCUAGCUUUGCAGAGAAUCAAAAUUCAAGGAAAAUAGCUAUCCAGAUCCUGAUGCAUAUUUAUAAUGUCACUUCUGAAAUCUAGAAUUCAUGUUCAAAUUAACAAUAAAAAGAUGUUACCAGUCCAACUCUAA